AUGAUACAGGUCAAAUGCCACGCUAUGGGAAGUUACAAUGAAAUAGGAACAAUUCUUCGAAAUCUUUUUCAAGAAUAUUCAACAGCUGAUUGUACGAAAUAUGCAAAUGACGAUGAAGUUUAUAAAUCAUUUCCAUUUGAACUUGAUUUUAAUUCAUCAAAAAGAAAGUCUUCAAAAACUUAUGCAGAGAAAAAUGCAAAUGGGAAUAUUAUUGUGUUAAAUAUUAACAAACAAGAAUAUGUUCCACCAUCGGUUUUUUGUUUAACAGAAUUACAAGAAUUACAUAUACAAAGAACAAAAUUUCGUACGUUUGAUCUUGGAUUACCAAUUGCAAUCGAACGUUUAGCAUCAACACUCAUUAAUCUAACUAUUUCUGAUACACCUAUUAGUUAUCUUCCUGAGCAAAUUGGUAGAUUGAAACGUUUACAAGAGCUCAAAUUAUUGAAUACUAGCCUUAGAAAUCUUCCCAACUCGAUUGGUAAAUUAUCAUCAUUAGUUCAUUUAAAUUUACGUGGUAAUAAGUUAAUAUCAUUACCAUCAACUAUUAUAAAUACUCAUUCAUUGCAAACAUUGAUAUUAAAUAAUAAUGCAGAUCUUCGAUCUAUAGAAGCUCUUAAUGGACAUUCCACGCUAAAAGUCUUGCAAACAGAUAAUUGUCAAAUUGAACGUAUUCCUCUUAAUUUAUCAAAAUUAACAGAUUUAAAGAUGUCCAACAAUAGUCUUACAGAUCUUUCAAAUAUUCAUACAUCAGGUGUCGAUAGUCGCACUCUUCGUCAACGACGACACAUGCCGAGAAAUCAAGUGGGUCAAGAUGUCAAUAAUUAUAUGACAAAUGGUUUUAAUACAAUUCGUGACACUGUAGUUCCAGUAAUUAGUUCUACUGCUGAUCGUCUUUCUCAAUAUUGGGAUCGAUACAAACAGAAUGUUAAUCAAGGUAUCAAUCAAAUUGGUCAAGGCUGGGAUCAAUACAAGCAAAAUGUUAAUCAAGGUUGGAAUCAAUUUACACAAAAUUUCAAUCCACAAUAUCCACUUUAUGAUCAGAGAAACUAUGCAUAUAAUCAGUAUGGAUAUAAUCCUCAACAGUAUCCAGUAAACAAUAAUUAUAAUAUUCCAUCAAAUAUGUAUCAAAAUUACAAUGGUGGACGACAAGGAAAUCCAUAUGUAGCAAAUAAUAAUUAUAACUCGUAUGGAAAUGUUCCAUAUAAUACAGGCAACACAGGAGGACAAUGGUAUCGAAGUUUUGGUAGGCAACAACAGGUUAAUGGUCCUAUUGUACCUUAUCCACCUAUGUAUAAUAAUCAAAGACAAGGAUUACGACGUUAA